ACUCCUGUUUCUCUUCCAGCUCCGAGUCCCGACUCUCCGACAGAUCAUUAGCUUGCCGUGAAUUGCAGAGAGGAGUCAGCCCGUCGUGUCUCUACCCGAGGCCGGAUGGUAAAAUCCAACCUCCAGCGGAUCCUAAACAGUCAUUGCUUUGCUCGCGAGAAAGAAGGAAAACAACAGUCUUUAAAUAACAUGGCGGAUUUGAGUAACGGUAUCUGUGACAUGAUCGGGAAGUUGUCCCUGCACUGUAGUAGUAGUACCCGCGGCCCGGGGCCUCUGUGGUGCUCCGAUGCCCCUCUCCCACCCCUGAAGAUCCCAGGUGGGCGAGGGAAUGGCACACGGGAUCACACUCCUUCAGCUCGGCCACUCCACUCAGAUCGAAAAUUGAGUGUAACGGAGGAGCCAGCAGGGAAUGGUCGCCCUGGGAUACUCCACUUCCAAAGUCGGCCCACCCUUACAAAGACAAUACAAUGGGAUGCUGUCCUAAGCAGCAGCGCACUCUACGUGGAGAUACCUCUUGACCCUCUUCCUGAGGGCAGCAAGGAGAGUUUUGCGGCUCUCCUGGAGUAUGCUGAAGAACAUCUGAAAGUAGUUAGCGUGUUGGUCUGCUUUUACAAGAACAGAGAUGAUCGUGCUAAACUGGUUCGUACAUUCAGUUUCCUGGGCUUUGAGAUUGUGAAACCGGGCCAUGCCCUCGUCCCGCCUCGACCUGAUGUAUUCUUCAUGGCCUACAAUUUUGACAAGGACUCCUCGGAUGAGGAGUAGCCCUUUUGAUAGCCCCUCCACCCCCUGCUUACUUCCCCUUUUUUCUUCCCACUGUAUGUUUUUACUCAUAAAUCUCUGUGUUAAACCCUCAGCAGUAGCUCUCUGUAUGCAAGUAUUCAUCUCCCCCAUGCUUUUUGUGUUCAAGAGAAUAGUAAGAUGUGCAUUUCCAUUUUCCACCAUCUAUGUUUUAUUUGAUGAUUAAUCGGUGUUGUCACCUAUAAAAGGAAGAAACCUUUUGUUUUUUUGGACUUACUAUCCCAUUACAUUUGUCAUAGCUAUUAAUUAAGUUCCGGUGUAAUUUCCAUAUCUUGUCAAGUCAUUGAUUUUAUUGGUAUUUCCUUUUUCUGAUAGAUUAUGGUGGUGGAUUCUUCAUUUCUUGAAUGUACAAUAAAAAGGUCAUCAGGUUUACA